CCCCCUCGUUACGCUCUCACCCUCCCGGAACGGAGUGACGACUCACCUCGCAGUGCUCUCGCCAUGUUCGCGUCGAGCGAGCAGUCCGUUCCGCUACGACAGUGAGGUUCUCCGCUGGAAUCGGCCGGUGGAGUCGCCGAGAAGAGUCGUCCUCUUCAUCCCCGUGAGCGAUCAACCCCGCGCGGGACCGAGCGCGCGCCGGCCGCUCGCCAUGGCGGGCCCGUAUCUGUCGCCCCUCGGGCCCCAGGCUGAUCUGCUCACCGAGUAUAUGUUCGGGCGUCGUCGUCAGAGACGCAAUCGGACCACGUUCACGCCGCAACAGCUUCAGGAAUUGGAAUCUCUUUUCCAGAAAACGCAUUAUCCUGACGUUUUCCUCAGAGAGGAAGUAGCACUUCGGAUAUCACUAUCGGAAGCACGUGUUCAGGUGAAUUUUUCUUGCGAUUAUUUAUCAUUAUAUUCGGUAUCUUGCGACAAAUCGCCCGACAGGGUCAAGUGCCGAUGCGGAACACCGCCCAGAAACUGCGCGAGUCCCGCGGACCAUCCUGGCGACGUCCUGGCGACGAGAGAGCGGCCGCAGGAGGCCGAGAUGGAUCUCACCCUGAAGGGCCACCACCCCGCGUCCAGGCACUCGUUGUUCCAUCAUUUGCCGAACAAUCAUCAGCAGGAUAUCGCGCAGAGCAUGGACGAGCCUUUGGACGUCACUCUGAACAGCGGCAAGAAUAACUGAGGGCCGGACGAGCGAAGAGUCGGCCGUUUUCACUCACGAGGAUUUUUGACCCUUCGAAACCUUUUUGGCUCUUAUAGUGUAUAGUGUAAUCGCAUUUCACAUCGAGGACAAGGUAAUGUGUAUGUUGUCGAAAUCCGCAUCGAUUUCAGAAGAUAAUAAGCGGGAAAAAGUGAAGACGGGUGAGGGAGAGAGAGGGGGGGAGAGACGGGGGGGGGAGGAGGAGGAGCGUACGCAUGCAAAUACACAUGCGAUCAUCAUCUUUUUCAAUUUUUAUAUGUCGGACGGAUACAUGGAAAUAAUUUUUUUCUUUACUUUUGCCUCUUUUCUAAGUUCCUCAGAAUUUGAAGUAAUUUAAUUUAUUUAAUUAUCAAA